AUGAUGGAGAACAGCAGUACAGCAGUGAAAGAAUUUAUUCUCCUGGGCCUGUCACAAAAUCCCAGAAUGCAGUCCUUUCUCUUCUUUCUCUUUCUUUUUAUCUAUAUCACAACCUGGCUGGGUAAUCUCAUAGUUAUUAUUACAGUGAUCAUCACACCCAGUCUUCAUACACCCAUGUACUUUAUGUUAGCUAAUUUGGCUGUCAUAGACAUAAGUGAAUCAACUGUCACAUCACUCAAAAUGUUAUGGGACCUUCUCUCUCAUACCCAUAGUAUCACAUACAAUGGGUGUGUGGCACAGGUUUUUUUCUUUCAUUUAACAGGGGGUGCUGUGGUCUUCUUGCUUCUUGCAAUGGCUGUUGACAGAUAUAUAGCAAUUUACAGGCCACUACAAUAUAUGGUGAUAAUGAAUUCAAGAGUUUGUAUAGGUUUGGUAGUAGGAACAUGGUUAGGAGGCUUUGCUCAUUCAAUUGUUCAGAUCAUCAUUCUUAUUCAAUUACCCUUCUGUGAAUCCAAUAUUCUGGAUCAUUUUUACUGUGAUGUCCCGCAACUCAUUAAGUUAGCAUGUAUUGACACACACAUAAUAGAAAUCCUUAUGGUUUGUAACAGUGGACUACUCUUGACAUUAAUCUUCUUCACUUUACUUGUGUCCUACACUAUUAUCUUGGUGAAGAUAAGAACACAUGUUGCAGAAGGACAACACAAAGCUCUCUCCACUUGUACUGCUCAGAUCUUAGUUAUGAGUUUAAAUUUUGUACCAGGAAUGUUUAUUUAUGAUCGACCUUUCAAGUUAUUUCCUCAAGACAAGAUUGCUUCAGUUCUUUACAGCCUUCUGACACCAAUGCUGAAUUCAGUGAUCUUCACUUUACGCAAUUCAGAAAUGAAAAACAACAUUAAAAAACUAAUGAAAAAAUGUCUUCAUCACACAAAAAAGGAACAACCAUAA